UUUUAGAAGAAAAGAACACCGAACCUGGAGAAAACAAGUGGAAGCGCUAUGAAAUGAAGACUUAUAUUACAGCAAGGCGCGUCAUGCCAGUGUGGCUGUUAUUGGCUCUGGUGUACCCUAUGGCCUCUUUGACAGAGUUGUCAGCAAUGGACUCAUGUGGGUCAGAGGUUGCAGAUAUCAAGCGCAGCAUAAGGAAACUGCAGAACAAACUCUUGAUUAGGACUUGGCUGACUGAGCACUUGCAGACGCACAAAUAUUUCCGGCCAUUUCCACCUGCUGUGCCUAACACUAAAACUGAAACUGACACAACGUCUGGUGUAAACCACAACAGCAGUGGAACAUCAGACAAGUCUGGUAUGACUGUGAUGAAACCACUUCCACCAGCAGGCAGUUUAAUUGUCCAUGACAAAGACUGUUCUGAGUUAUUUGACAGACUGAGACCACCAAGUGGUUUCUACCGUAUCAGACCCAAACUACACCAGGAGCCAUUUUUGGUCUACUGUGACAUGGAGGAUGGAGGUGGCUGGACAGUGUUUCAGAGACGCCGGUAUGGGAGAGUUGACUUCAACAGAGACUGGGUGGACUACAGAGAUGGCUUUGGAGACUUUAAACUGUGGAAUGAUGAGUUUUGGUUGGGGAAUGAGCACAUUUACUCUCUGCUCUCAGAAGGUAAGAACCUUGUGAAGAUAGAUCUAAUGGCCUGGGAUGGACAGAGAAGUCAUGCAUUUUAUGAGAACUUCCGUAUCACUGAUGAAGCUGAUAAUUAUCGUCUCCAGUAUGGGAUGUACAGUGGGAAAGCUGGCGAUGCUCUAACUGGUGGUGGGGGGGUGGUGGAGCAGUGGUCUGCCUGCCUCAGUGGCAUGCAGUUCAGCACCAGAGAUCAGGACAAUGAUCGCUACCGUCAGGGUAGCUGUGCUCAGGAGAAUAAGGCAGGAUGGUGGUUCAACAGAUGUCAUGCAGCCAACCUGAAUGGGAAGUUCUACCGCACAGGGAUGUACAAGGGCCAGUAUGACAAUGGUGUGGUGUGGGGGACCUGGAAAGGUCUUUGGUAUUCCCUUAGACACACCACUAUGAAAGUGCGGCCUCUGCUUUUCUUGGAUGCUAUGGGCAGCGGAGCAGGGGAAAUAUAAAAAAACUUAAAGACACAGAAUGAAGCUAAAGAGACUGACUGUCAUGUUUAAAUUCUUUAUAUUUGAAUUGCUUUGCUUUAUUAUUUGAAUCUAUUGUGAAAUAUCCAUAGUAUAAUAUCUUCUAUUUUCCAGUUAGAAUUACUUUCUAUAAAGUGUAUGAUAUUACUCAAACAAUUAAAAAAAAUAGCAUCUCAGCAUAAUGCCUGGCUUAAGUUCCUGUAUUUACCAGUGGACACAUUUGCUCUGCCAGAAGACAGUGGACUGCUCCCUCAGGGUUGGGAGUGACUUGCUGCUCCAAGUGAAGGAGUUUAAAUCUCUUGUGGUCUUGUUCAUGAGUGAGGGUAAACACUGAGCAUGAGAGUGACAGCCGGAUAGGGGCAGCCUCAGCAGGGAUGCGGGCG